GUUGGCCUUUGUGCAUGUCGGAAACCUUGAAUGCUAUUCUCUUUGCUGCAUUAGGCAAAGGUGCCCAUUCCGCGUGUGGUGACCGCCGCGCAACCCCUCUUUUUUCACAACGCGUCUCAGACAGCACCCACGACAUCGCAUUGGCUAUGGCUUCAGCAGUGCUCCCAAAAUAAUUAAUGUUGGGACGCGCCGACAUACCUAUCCAAAUCGCUUGUGAGUGGUUUGCAACAAAUACCAGCCAUAGCAGCAUGACUUGGGCACCUUCGAAGCACUGGUCGACAGCACAUUCUCACCAUCCACGAUCACUGCAGCAUGGUUCAUAGGCCUGCUGCAACAGAAAAGAUGAGCCCAUCCAACUCGCCGGGCAAUCCUCCGGCUGCUACGAGUGGCUCCAAAUCGAGGGCUGGAGCCAACGCGGAGCCACCACUUCGCCGGCUUCUCCCCACAUCCCGCCCGCCAGCGCGCGCAGGGUCCGAGAUUGAGAUACCGCGUCGCAGGAGGACAUACACCACGGCUGCUUGUGAAGCCUGCAGAGAGCGAAAAGCAAAGUGCAAUGCCGAACGUCCGUCUUGUGCCUAUUGCGUGAAUGCAGAUAUCCCGUGUGUGUACGACACAUCGGCAAGAAAUGAGACGCAUUCUCAAGCUCUCAAGCGCAAGUUUGGUGAGCUUGAGGCGCGAGCCGCCGUCUAUGUUGAGCUGUACGAGCUUCUUCAAGACAGAUCCGACAUUGAGUCUGCUGAAAUUUUCAAGCGCAUCCGGAUGGGAGGUCCCCCGGAAAGUAUUCUACGCCGCAUCAAAGAAGGGGAUUUACUUCUACAGCUGUCACUGAAACCCGAGAUGCGCUUCCGAUAUGUUUCCCAUACGUUAGCGAGUUGCCGGCUCACUUGUACCGCCCCGACAAUCCCUACAUCGAGUCUUGUAUCUAUGAGUGGUCUGCAUUGCAACACAGUGGCUUUGAGAUGUCACAUGCACCAACAAACGCACAACCGACUCACCGAGAAGCUCGUCCUCACCUGA